CUGUUAUACUCAAUACAGACAGUGAACACAAGUAUAAUGUCAGUAAGAUGUUAAAAUCAACAAAGUUAACACAGCAAAAUUCGAGAAUUACAUACGUAUCGCCCACAUUUUCCUCUACUCAAGAUGCAUCGACGCUUACUCACGAAAUGUUCUGUCCAUGCGCGUGUGGAUUGCUUGUGAAAGAUGAAACUAGAAGCGAGAUCUCCAUCAUAUCAUUGCCUAUGCUGAAAGAAAAUCUUAUUAAAACUAAACUCGAAGAAUUGAGUUUUUAUUUGAGUUCAAACCAGACGUUGCAUUCGAAGAUGUAUGAUGAUAUGCAAAAGUUGAAAAAAGAUGUAAAUAUUGAUCGUUGGAGAAAAGAAGUUAUACAACUACAACUGCAAACGCAAGUUGAAGAGUUACAAAAAAAUAUUCAAUUUUUCAAACAAGAGAAUAAAUAUAUUCGGCAUCUUAUAGAAAAGUGUCGCUGUUCAUUGAAAACAAAAUUUUGGCAAGAAUUACUACCAAUUACAGUCUCAUAUUCCGGAUUCACGUCAGAGAUUAAACGCUUACAAGCAAAAUAUUACAAUAAAAAUAUAAUAGUAACCACAUUAACCGAGAUAUUUCGAGGUUUAAUAAAUAUUCAGCAAAUUGCAGGAAGAUUUUUAACACCUUUCAUAGAGCAUUGGCAUCGGCAUUCAAGCAGUAUGAUAGCGACUCGUGUGUCAUCCGCUUUAAGAGAUGGAAGCUCUUUUGAGGUCACCGAGUCACCGAGUGGUACUCAAUAUUAUAUUUAUUAGAUCAUUUUUAUGUAAGAUA